AUGGAAGACAAUAGAGAGGAAUACAGCGCUGUAGAAACCGAAUCUACGGAUGGUAACUCCCAGCAGUCCCAGGUCUUACAAACUGACCGUGAUCUUGAAGAUCAACAAAAUGCAAGGGCUUCUCUGAGAGAAAAAUUUCUUCGUUUACUUUUCGCAAGUUGCAACAAACCAGCGUGUUUCUCGAUGCACGAAAGAACUUUAGUUCAGGGGAUAUUUCGUGGCACUGAUAUUGAUAUGGAGAACUUGCAAGUUUCCGAGCUACAAACUCCCAUGGGAGUGCUUCGCGAGGCACUGUUGAGGUCCUCAGAUGUUCUGUCUUUUACAGUGGAUUUUGAAGCCUGA